AUGGUGAAGCCGGAUAUCCACACCCUUGCCCGCCACCUCAAGCAGGAGAAGCUGUAUGUUAAUGCAGAAAAACAGCUGAUCCAGAGGCUGAAUGCUGAUGUUUUAAAGACUGCAGAGAAGCUCUACAGAACAUCUUGGAUUUCAAAACAACAAAGGAUUAACCUAGACAGACUCAUUUUAACAAGUGCUGAAGCCUCUCCAGCUGAGUGUUGUCAACAUGCAAAGCUCCUAGAGGACACCCAGUUUGUGGAUGGUUACAAACAUUUAGGAUUUCAGGAGACUGCAUAUGGUGAAUUUCUCAAUCGACUGCGAGAAAAUCCACGGCUCAUUGCAUCCUGUCUCGUGGCUGGAGAGAAACUCAGCCAAGAAAAUGCUCAGAGUGUUAUACACACCGUGUUCACCUCUCUUUAUGGCAACUGCAUUAUGCAAGAGGAUGAGAGCUAUCUGUUACAGGUUUUACGGUAUUUAAUAGAGUUUGAACUGAAGGAAAGCGAUAACCCUCGUCGUUUGCUACGGAAAGGGACUUGUGCCUUCAGCAUCAUCUUCAAACUUUUUUCUGAAGGGCUUUUCUCAGCUAAACUCUUCUUAACGGCAACUUUACAUGAACCUAUCAUGCAGCUGUUAGUUGAGGAUGAAGAUCACCUGGAGACUGAUCCAAGCAAGCUAAUUGAGAGGUUCUCUCCAGCCCAGCAAGAGAAGCUGUUUGGGGAGAAGGGAAGUGACCGUUUUAGGCAGAAGGUCCAGGAGAUGGUUGAAUCCAAUGAA